GCUACAACGUGGUUGUUGCGACGAUAGGGAAAUCGAAAACUUUCGCACGCACCCUCGAAUUCAGGAUGCUAAUUGGUGGGUGGUUAGCUCGUAGCCACCAGCAAGUUUUCCAGCAAGAUUUAUGAGCGCUGUGGCUAAAGGCGUGAAUAAGCCUGGGUCACAGUCGGUAGGAAGGGUAACGCAAGAUUUUGAAUUAAAUGUCAACCGCACGGAUGAGACACGAAACUAACAUCGUCUCGCCGCGAUGUCUGAGAAUAACGAUGCUGCCAGCAACUUCGCGCAUUAUUUCCAUCCGUUGGUGAUUCAUAAAAUGAUAGAUUCGGAAACGAAAUCUCAAUAUAAAAAUAGAACAAGGAUCGUCUAAGAAAUAUGGAGAGAUUUCGAGAUUCGCCGAUUUACGAUUUGAAGUUUAAAGAGAAGAUUCAGAAAUGCAGAGCUGUCUGGAAAAGUAGGAAGAAAGGAGCAGAAAUAUCAUUGCGAGAGCUUUGUUAGCGGAAGCAUGCGCGGAUUCUGCGUGAUGCAUCGACAACAUCGGCGUGGGAGUCGGCCGGGUGGAGCGGCGCGAGGGCAGAGAGGGAGAUGCUGCUGGACCGAAAUCUGUCCUCAGUCGUGCGCGACGCGCCAUAUGCGGUGGACCAUUUGUCAGCCUGCUCACAAAGGCCAAUAAUCUCGUGUGACACGUGUGACUCUCCCCCGAUAAAAAGCGCUACGUGUUACGUGUCGCAUCGUCGUUUAUGGAGAAGAUUUUUCCGCAACGCGCGACAGAGAAACCUCAAACGUCCCUCGGUGCGGAUUGUUUACAGGACGCGGGAUUCCUACAAUCGCAGUGCAUUUACGGACUCAGAUUCGCGAAAUGUUUUCGCAAGCCUGUAGUUCGAGCUGGAACACGUGGUGCUCGCCGUCGAAGAAAUCGCAUGGAAUUUAGAGUACCUUGCGAUUCGAAAUAUAGAUUAAUACAGAGAUUGGAUACAAGCUAUUAUUAAGGAUAUAGAUAAGGAUCGAUUACCAUGAUCCUUCUGCUGAAAGAAUAAGAUAGUUGGAAGGAUCUUUGCAAACUUCUCGAUGUUUCUGAUUUCCAAAAUAAAAAGAUCUGAUAAUCUUUUGGUUUUUUUUUCCACGAAGAGUUUGGCCGCUGCAUUAUCUCACCGAGGAAAAGAGAGACAGAGAAAGAAAGAGAAAUCUUGGGAAGUUCUUAAAGACCGGAGCCAUUUCUUCGGAAGGGAUCACUGGUCGUGACUUGUCUCCCUUCGACUUCAAGAACUUUGGAAUUUUUCGUUUCCACGGAGUUGCAAAAGCUCGCGCUCGGGCUUACAUGUAUAUCCUUGGUUCCUUCUCUACCCGCUUAUCCACCCGCCAUCCUUCAACUUGAUCCAGCCUUUUAUUUUUACACCGUUCGUCUCCUCCCGCGAGAGAAGAUACGCCGGAUGAAUCCCAAAUGAGUAGACGAAUUAGAAAGGAGGUGGAAACUACGAACUCUUAAUUCUCGGUGUCAACCUCCAUCGUCUUUAUGAUCGUUUGAAAUUAAUUUCCAUUUCACGUCUUAUAUAUUCAAGGAAGAGGAUGAAUAACUGAGAGUUAAUGAUUGCCGUAAUCGCGUGAGAUAAGUUUUCGACGUCGCGUCGUCGUUUUUCAUUUCGCAGAUAAGACGUACCUCUCGGCAGUCGACUUUAUGAAGAGUGGUGAGCCUUCACCAUGAAGAUGAAGAGAAAAUGAGUAAAACCGAAAGACGAGACGACGCAGGGGGGACGUGAAGUAGGACAAACCGCGGCGAAGAUGAAAUGCGAAACUGUCCUGUACCUGCUCUCGCUGCUGAUCCUGUCGUUCAAUGAGCCUUCGUGGGCUUCCGCCGAAAUCAGAGGAUGCAAUCGCACCAUCAGAAAUUCGGUCGGCUGGAUUCGCUGGACAGGACGAAUGGGACGAUGUAUUGUGCGAAUCAGAGCGCCAUUAAGAGAUCCACAGGUGAUCGAGGUGAAGGUAAGGAGAUUGCAAGUGGGUUUCCUGAAGGAGGCUCGAUGCGAGGGAGCGUAUUUUCAGUUUUCGGACAGCGCGGACGAUCCUGACGACGAGACAGGUCGAUAUUGCGGCCACGUGACUGGGAACGUUACGAGGCUAUUUCUACGACGUGGUCCGGAUUUGACCAUUACUUUGUCGUCGGACGCGCAUUUUGCAUCGGCGAACCCAGUGAUCUUCUCCGCGCAAUUCUCCAUUCUGCCGGCACGCCUCGCGGUUGAGCGUCAUCGCGGUUACUCACCGUCUUCGUCGCCCACGUGUCCCAUGGAGUGUACCGUACGCAAUGAGCGCAGAUCAUGCAGGCUGACCUCGCCGGGCUAUCCCAGCGUCUAUCCACGUGGAAUUAGAUGCAGGAUUGCUUUGGAAUCGAGCGCCGGUCGUUUCAGGAUAGGCGGUCAGCCGGAGGACCUUUUCGACUUGAUGAACUAUAGCGAUCAAGAGAGUUGUCAAAUAGAAGAUUGCGAGGACUCCCUAGAGUCUGAGGGACUCGCUCGAUCGUCGUUCUCGGCCCUCGCGAGUCGGGAUCGUUUCCUAGCGGAUGAAUCUAUUAUCGGGGACGAUCAAUCGAGGAACGAACACAACUGUCGAACGAGACGCAGCGCGCAAACGAAUAGACAAUUAACGAGGCGGAGACACUACGAGAAAAAAACGACACGAUGGUAUGGAGACAGGCAAUAUCAUCACAAAGAGGCGCCGAAUAAGCCUGGCACGAGCGAGCCGAGACUUCGCAUAAAAUCAAUGCAUUCGAAGAUAACGAGGCAGAAUCAACGGAGGGUUGUCCCGAACCGUUAUCUCAAUGGCGACCCUGAAAGGCCGAAUGAGACGUUCGGUAGCACGACGGUAUCAAAGUACAAAUAUCCCGGAGAUGAUCGAUCAUCGGAAAACGUCACGUGCGACGGCGGCGAUUAUCUCGCGCUGCUGGAAAACGUGAACGGGAAGAUCCUCGAGAUCUCCAAGUUCUGCGGCAGCGGCCGUGUACCGCGUAUCUAUUCGCGCGGGAAGAACGUGAUUCUGGAGUUCUUCGCUCGAAAGGACGGCACUGUGACACACGACGGUUUCCAUGUGACCCUCCAAGAAGAACGCUACUCGCAAGAAACGAAACACGCGAGAUGCGAAUUUGUGUACAGGAGCUCCCGGCGUAACAGCAGGGAGAACAUCAAAUCUCCGCGGAGCUGGUAUCCGCCCAAUACUGUAUGCACUUACAAGUUUCUCGGUAGAACUACGGAAAGGGUCUCCGUUCACAUAAAGAUUCUUAGAAACGAGCUCGACCACGAGAAAUCGGAGAUUAACAAUAAACGAAACUUUAGCCUCAAUUAUUGUCCGGGAAAUGAAAUCACUGUUUAUAACGGAGCACAGGUAAAUGGCAGCUUCCUGAUAUGGUCUUAUUGCGAUGUAUCUCACUGGGACAUCAACAACAUCCAAGUACCUUUGACGUCUAGCGGAAACGAAUUAUUGAUCCAGUACUACAGCGCCAAAGGGUCCUACGAUGGACAGGGAUUCACUUAUGCCGUAUCCUACCGAUUUGUCAAAAAAGAGCAAAAUUACACCGGGACGAAACGCAAAUAUAAAUCGAUCUCUUUGAGGCCCGUCAACUUGUCGACUCUCAACCUCAACGAUACCGAUGCCGAUUACGAAUGCGAUAAUAGAAUCGGCACGUUCAAAAAUUGGUUCGCGAUACUGAUGGUUUUUGGAGUAGUGUCUUUCGUCGGGGCUGUUGUCACGAUAGUCACCCUGACGGCCAAAUGCUUGAAGAUCAGAUCCGCUGAAAAGAAACUCUUGCAAAAUACAAAACAGUAAAGUAACAAAGUUUCAUGUUCACCUUUCUCUUUAUCUCUCAUCAUUCACUGAUUAAUAAUGUAAUUAAAAGUGAUCUCAGGAAUUUGUUUGAGAGACGAAGAUAUUGGAACUCUCGAAACUUGAAACCUCGCGUUGAAGUGACAAAAAUAAAACUCUACUAAGGUCCCACCGAGACUUGAACUCGGAUCGCUGGAUUCAGAGUCCAGAGUGCUAACCAUUACACCAUGGGACCUUGGUACUUUUUGUAUGAACAAUUAAAUGGCACAUGUAAAUAUUCGUGAAAAAAUAUCAUGAGAAACUGUUGAAAGAUGAUUAUAUAAAUGAGUUACGAUAGAGAGACUAAUUUAAUAUCGUGUCAACGUCUUCUUAAUAUAUUUCACGGCAAAAAAGGUUUCUCUUUUCUCGACAAAUAGAGAAUAAUGUACAACUAUGUAUAUGAAACUGAAUUUUUAUACAUAACAUAGGAAACAAUAAUGAAUCGUAAUAAAGUACGUAUAAUAUAAGCAGACGAUAAGCGAGCAAAAUUAUCAAUUACUAUAUAGUGCUAAUAAUUAUAUAUGUGAUAUUUUUUUUAUUCUAUACUUAUAUAUUAUACGUGAAAAAAAUCUUACUGUCUAAUACAAAUCUUGCAGAGAGAGAAAGAACUAAUUAUUAUUUUUGAAUUACGUAUGCAAGAUUUUAACAGUAUUAUAAGAAUAAAUAAGAAAAAUUAGGACAAUUAUUAAGAAGUUAAGAUAAUUAUUUAUUAUUCAGUAAACACUAUUGCGAAAGAAGAUAAUACGGAUUUUUUUUCUUCAAUAAUUGAGAUAAAUUACUUUUUGUUAUGGAACACCCGGCAACCCGUUAUACACAUAGCAUCGAU